UAUGAGGAAUUUUGAAGGAUAAAAUUUUUAAUUGAUUUAAGAUGUGAAAAUCUUCAUGGAGAAUGAAAUUGAAGCUGGUGAAGAAGUUGGAAAGGGAGUUAAAAAUGAGGUUGAAGGAGGUGUUGGCCAUGGAAUGGGAGAUGAAAAUGGAAAGGCUGGCGAAGGAGUUGAAAAGGUUGCCGAUGAAGUAGCCGGGAAAGGAGCUGGAGAAGUUGAAGAAGUCGGUGGAAUUGAAGGUGAAAAGGAAGUUGAAGGAGGUGAUGGAAAUGAAGGUGGAAAAGGAGUUGAAGGAGGUGAAGGAAAUGAAGGAGAAAAUGGAGUUGAAAGAGGUGAAGAAAAUGAAGGUGAAAAGGAAGUUGAAGGAGGCAAAGGAGUUGAAGAAGAAGACGAAAAGGAAGUUGAAGAAGAGGUUGAAGGAGAUGAUGGAAAUGAGGGUGAAUAUGAAGUUGAAGGAGGUGAUGAAAAGGAAGGUGAAAAUGGAGCUGAAGGCGGUGAUGGAGUUGAUGGAGGUGAAAAUGGAGUUGAAGGAGGCGAUGGAAAUGAAGGUGAAAAUGGAAUUGAAGGAGGCGAAGGAAAUGAAGGUGAAAAUGGAAUUGAAGGAGGCGAAGGAGAUGAAGAAGAAGAAGAAAAGGAAGUUGGUGAAGAAGUUGGAAAGGAGGUUAAAAAUGAAGUUGAAGAAGGUGUUGAAGGAGGUGAUGGAAAUGAAGGUGGAAAUGGAGCUAAAGGCGGUGAUGGAAAUGAAAGGGAAAAUGGAGUUAAAGGAGGCGAAGGAAAUGAGGGUGAAAAUGGAGUUGGAGGAAAAGUUGAAGGAGAUAAAGAGGAAGACGAAAAGGAAGCUGGUGAAGAGGUUGUAGAGGAGGUUAAAAAUGAAGUUGAAGAAGGUGUUGGACAUGGAAUUGGUAAAGAAAAUGGAAAGGAUGGUGAAGGAAUUGAAGUAGCCGGGAAAGAAGUUGGAGGAGUUGAUGGAAAUGGAGGUGGAAAUGGAGUUGAAGAUGGAAUUGGAGGAAAAGUUAAAGGAGCUGAAGAGGAAGACGAAAAGGACGUUGAAGAAGAGGUUGGAAAUGAAGUUGGAAAAAAUGUGAAUGGGCAAGGGGCUGAAAAUGAAGUUGGAGAAGAAAAUGGAAAGGUUGGUGGAGUUGAAAAAGUUGUUGAUGAAGUUGGAGAAGUUGAAGGAGGUGAACGAAAUAAGUGUGAAAAUGGAGUUGAAAAUGGAGCUGGAGGAAGAGUAGAAGGAGUUGAAGAAAAGGUUGGAAAAGAAGUUGAAGAGGUUGGAAAAAAAGCUGGAAAAGGAAGUAAAAUGGAAGAAAGGAAUGUGAAUGUAAAUGGAGUUGAAGGAAAUAAUGGUAGGUUAAUCUAA